GAUGCUGCUCUGGGUGUUCUUCCUCGUGACACUCACCCUCAGCAGCAGCUCCCACGGCUCCCCGCCCUCCCAGCCCCUCAGGAUGCCAAGGUACGCAGACGCCAUCUUCACCAACAGCUACCGGAAGGUGCUGGCCCAGCUGUCUGCCCGCAAGCUUCUCCAGGACAUCAUGAGCAGGCAGCAGGGAGAGAGAAACCAGGAGCAAGGAGCAAAGGUACGGCUUGGCCGUCAGGUGGACAGCAUGUGGGCAGACCAAAAGCAGAUGGCAUUGGAGAACAUCCUGGUGACCCUGCUGCAGGAGCACAGGUGGGAAUACGUGUGUAUGUGUGUGUGUAUGCGUGCAUGUGCUUGUGUGCAUGUGUGUGUGUGUGUGUGUGUGUGUGUGUGUGUGUGUUUAGGGACCUCAGAGGUUUCUUUCCCAGAGCGUGGGCUGGAAAAGGAAAGAAACUCCUCAUCUCCAAAGGUGUGGGGCUCUACCAAGCAAACUGGGAAUGGGGUCCCUCCUUCCACACAUCAAGAACCGGAAGAAGGGGAGAAAAUGUGCGACAGAGACUGGUCUUGUCCACUGCUCUAUCUCCAGUGUGUAGCCAGAGGCCAGGCUCGGUGUCUGUGUCCAGAAAUGUUACUCAACAGUUCUGGGAUAGGAUCCAGGAAUCUAAAUCAUCUUAACAAGGGUCCCAGGGGACUCUGAUGCUGAUGUAGUAGGAG